AGACGUCUCCGUGCGUGCGUGCAGAACCACACCGGUGCAGUGGCUGAGCGCAUGGUGCAGCGCAGAAAUAUCCAUCCUCGCUUUAAUAAUAGCUGACAAAUUGAACAAAAGAAGAAACAUUGUAUAAGGAUCAGUUCACCCGUGAAAAAUUCAAUGGCUGGAACAAUAGAUCAAGCAAAAAUGAAGUUUUCAAAAAUCGUUAACAGUCGCUCGUACACCAGGUUCAAUCAGAACCCUGAUGGAGAGGGCAGUCACGUGGAGGUGAAGAUGUCUGCGGACACUGAAGAAGAGGAAAUGGACGGUGCUGAGCAGGGUCAUAUAGAGCAUGAGAUUUACACGAGAUCCCCCAGACGUCCCCCGUCGUGGAACAAAUGGAAGAUUUGCGCUUCAUUCACAGUUGUGCUGCUCCUCCUCUGCAUUGGUUUCCUCAUCGGCUAUUCUGUCCACCAUCAGCCCGAGACGCCUCCCUGCCCAUUAUCGAGCCAAGAAGUUCAAUCACCGAUAUUUGAUAAUCCGAAACCCAGUAUGGAUUGGAGUGAUGUUGUUGAACUUCUGAAUACGAUACUGACAGCUGAAAGCGUUCAGGAAAGAAUCAGUGAGUUUUCAGGUGUCGAUAAGGCAGGAUCAUCUGAAGAUAGUACUUUAGCUGACAAAAUCCAUGUGUAUUUGCGAAAUCUGUCCAUGAAAACCUGGGUUGAUGAUCACUUUGUGAAGCUACAGUAUCCUAACAGGUCAAAACCAAACAAAGUGAGCUUUGGUUCAGAAGAGAUUGGAAGUACAAAUGGGUUCUUGGCCUACAGUGCAACAGGAAUGAAACAGGGUAGAGUCAUGUAUGCCAACUAUGGGGAGCCACAGGACCUGGCCAUCUUGGAGAUGAAUAAAGUAAAUCUAAAUGGAUCUGUUGUACUGAUGCGGGCUGGGAAAAUCAGUAUGGCACAGAAGGUUGCGAAUGUUGCAAAGAAAGGUGCCGUAGCAGCUCUGAUCUAUCCAGACCCAGACUAUGUAGGCAGGCCUCAAAAUAUUGAUCUCUAUGGUCACGUCCACUUGGGAUCAGGUGAUCCUUAUACUCCAGGAUUCCCGUCCUUUAAGCAAACCCAGUUUUCUCCUAUAAGGUCUUCUGGUCUUCCUGAUAUUCUGGCCCAGACGAUCACUGCUGACAUGGCAGACAAAAUCUUCAAUAAAACGGGUGGAAACAUUGCCCCAAAAAGCUUUCAGAGUGGCUUGUCCACUUACAAGUUAGGAAACGAAAGUGGCCCUCUGCUCACCGUAGAAGUCAACAACGAACUUAACGAUACCAAGAUUCAUAACGUGUUUGGAGUCAUCAAAGGCUUCAUAGACGCUGAUCGUUACGUCGUGAUCGGAGCAAAUAGAGAUUCCAUGAGCUCGGGUUUUGCCAAGUCUGCAGUUGGCACUGCUCUUUUGAUGGAGCUUGCGAGAGCUUUCUCAGAGAUGGUGAAAGUAGGUGAUUUCAGACCCAAGAGGAGCAUUGUGUUCGCCAGCUGGAGCGCGGGGGAUUUCGGUAACGUCGGCCUUACCGAAUGGCUUGAGGGCUACGCAACAUCACUGGACAAAAAAGCCUUUACCUACAUCAGCCUGGAUGGAGUUGUUACUGGUGAGGGAUCUUUCAAAGCUUCUGCCAGUCCGUUGUUGGAGGGUCUUCUGCAGAUGACCCUGGAGAAGGUAAAAAGUCCAGUUAAUCCAAAAACAAGCCUACUGAAGAACUAUGGUGGCACUCUUUCAUCUCUUCUGAAACCCAUGGAGAUGGAAGAUGGGGCAUAUCCUUUCCUGACUUUCUCUGGAAUCCCUUCUGUGUCAUUUGGUUUUACAUCUGAGGGGCAGAAUAGGUUGUUUGACUACCAGAAUUUUGGAACGGCUCAGGAUGAUAAGGGUAAUCUGGAAUGUGUCACUAAAAAUAAAGUGGUUGAGCUGGCAUUGGGCGGCGCCCAGGUGGCCGGACAGAUGGCACUUCGUCUCGUUCACGACCGCAUUCUCAAACUGGACUUUACCAAGUAUACUGUCGAGAUUGACAAACAUGUCAGCGCCAUCGUCGGUUACACUAACCAACUCAAAAAUGCAGAGGUCAAUAAAAUUGAGUCUGUGUCUACGAAGUGGCUGUUGGAAGCAAAGGGCUCUUUUGAUCGGGCCUCGACAGGCCUAAUAAAUGAUAUGAGGAACAGUGAUGAGGAAGAUUUGGAGAUGUCUCGUAUCAUCAAUAAUCGUAAAAUGAAGGUGGAGCGUAAUUUACUCUCUCCUUACGUCUCUCUGAGAGAUGUCCCAUUCCGUCAUAUUUUCUUCGGUAACGGGUGGCAAACGGCCUCAGACCUGGAAAACGACUUGAAAGAUGUGAUUGAAGGCAAGGCAACCCUGGACGUGGACCGUAUUUUAAGCAAAUUUGCUCUCCUCACCUGGACCAUUCAGGGCUGCGCCAAUGACCUGGCUGGAGAUAUCUGGUCCUUAGACAAUCAGAUCUAACGAGAACCUUGAUUUGAUCUAAAAAGUGUUUCGAUACAUGAAUAAGAAAACGUAAACCACACAACAAAACAAUUUAUAUAAACAAAUUGAGUGAUCUGGCAGCCGUGUAUCGAGAAAAUUUCGACGUUUGACUUUGAAAUACGCAAAAGAAGUUGAAUAUGGUUAAGUCCAUAUUUAGAGUUUUGUUGAUGUAAUCGAUAAAGGAAUCUGAGCACAACGCCAUAAUCUAAUGCUAUUGCCAUAACCUUGUUUUAAGGUUAAUUUCAGGCUGAAGUUAUCGUCCCCAGUUAUAUCGUCAAAAUUGAUGCUUUUAUGAUUUUGUUUAGGUGCAUAUCGAGACAUUUUUGUAUUUGGCUGCUAUGUGAAAACUGAUUCGCACUAAUGUAAACCUUGAACUUUUGCAGGGAAAGUCUCUGCUUUUAUACCCAUUUAGCAGUGACUGAGUUCUGUAUUUAUUUAUUUAUUUAUCAGUGACAGUGUUCACUAUAAAAGUUUUUUUUUUUUUUUUUAAUUAUCGGAAGCAGUGCCUUCCAUAAUUAUGACGGUUAUACUGUCAGUUCUUCAAAAGCAGCAUCUGCUACAGAAAUACAUGUGACCAACAGCUGUCACCAGAAAUGUCUGUUGUUACAGGUGCAAAUACACACAACAUAAUCAUUUUAAUACAGUUCCUUUUUUCUAAAAAAAAUUGGAAAUUAAAUGAAAAAUAAAGAAAAGGCAUUUAGGACAACAACUUUAUUAUUUCAGUUAUUAUGUUUUGUUGGUUGAAACCAAUAUGAAUUGGUAAGCAAUUUCCAUUUUGGCUGACUCGAAGAUUUCUGUGACAACGCAUUUCUGUAACAUUUAUAUUUCUAUUCUAAAACCAUUAUCGGGAGCAGUGUCUUCCAUAAUGUAGAGUGUUUGAAGGUAGUUUUUGCCUACCAGUGUGUAUAUAUCGAGGGCAGAGACCUUCAUAUUUCACUAGCGUGGAUCGAAUUAUCGGGGACAGUGUUUCCCAUAGUUUAUGUAUAUAUUUGUUUUUCAUUUAAUUGUGUGGCUCUUUUCUGCUUUACUAUUAAAAGCUACACGUGAUCUGUGGGCAGUCAUUGUAGGUUGUGGGUUUUCAUCUUAUCGGCUGUCUCUCCUCGGUCUGGGCACUUUCUUGUCUUUUGAGUGUUGUUUGAGUUUGCACUUUUUUCAUAUUUCAAAGCAGGUGUUUGAAAAAGGAUGUGGUCAAUUGGCAUAAUGCGAAUAUUGUUUAAGGUAUAAGGGGUACUGUUGAUUUUAUGUUAUGGCUUUAUGAAUGAAGGUACUUCUGUUAAAGUUUGCAUAUCACAUACUAGUCCCUUUUUCAAUCUCUGUCUUUUCUUGUGGCACUUACCAGAUAGUAACAAUGCUUGUUUGGUCGUUCCUUGCAUGAAACAUAACUAAACGUUGCAACGUUUUAAAAGCGAAGUUACUUAGACAUUUCAACUCUUAUUUCUUGCCAGUUACAUGAUUCAAUCUUAGUUUUUUCAGCAGUCAUCCAUUUGAUGAGCUUAAGUUGGUCAUAGUUUGUCAUAAUGUAACAUGCGUAGGGGUUAUGAACUGUUGAUUGUCAUCUUAGAACUGAUCUAUGUGUGCAAAAGCUUUCAACUUUAAUAAACCUUGGCUUUACUCUGA